GAUUUCACUACUACAACAGUUAGAAACAUCGUUCAAGUCCACUAUCCCGGAGACUCGAACGAAAAUGGCAUCAAAACUUGCAUUUCUGCACAUAAAUGGCGCCUGGCUUCAAUAUCCGGAGCUCCAACACUCUAAUUCACGGCUUUUCCCCAAAAAAAUCAAUUCAAUCUCAGGGCUUAGCGGUUCAUUUUCCGAAGACUCAUCUUCAUCAUUGUUGUUGUCAAGGUUGCUACCUCUUAAAAGAACCCAAACUUUUCUCUCUCCUAAAUGGUUGGACAAAAACCCUGAUGCUACCCGAACCCUUAUUGUCAAAUCUCAGUUGAACUGCCCUCUCAUUUCUCCUAACGAUCAAUGGGGAACCUGGACUGCUCUCUUCGCUACCGGUGCCUUCGGCUUAUGGUCAGAGAACACAAAGGCUGGAAGUGCAUUGAGUGGUGCGCUAGUGAGUACUUUGAUUGGUCUUGCUGCUAGUAACUUGGGGAUAAUUUCUUCUGAAGCUAAAGUCUACUCAAUAGUAAAGGAGUUUUUGCUCCCAUUGGCUGUUCCAUUGUUGUUGUUUCGAGCAGAUUUGCGACGUGUGAUUAAGUCAACAGGGAAGCUUCUUCUUGCUUUCUUGCUGGGAUCAGUGGCGACAACAGUUGGAACAGCACUGGCGUAUCUGAUAGUGCCGAUGAGAGCACUUGGUCAAGAUAGUUGGAAGAUAGCUGCUGCCCUCAUGGGUAGGCAUAUUGGCGGAGCUGUCAAUUAUGUUGCCAUUUCAAAUGCCCUUGAAACUUCUGAAUCUGUUUUAGCUGCUGGACUAGCUGCAGACAAUGUUAUCUGUGCAGUGUAUUUUACAACACUGUUUGCCUUGGCUUCGAAAGUACCUGCCGAGACUUCAACAUCACCUGAAGAUGUUGCAAUGGGUGAGGGAUCUAAAUCCGAUGGCAAACUUCCUGUCCUAAAGAUAGCAACAGCUCUUGCAGUAUCUUUUGCCAUCUGCAAACUUGGUGCGUAUCUUACCAAAUACUUUGGCAUUCCGGGAGGUAUCCUGCCUGCAGUUACAGCAAUUGUUGUUAUUCUGGCAACUGUAUUUCCUACCCAGUUUGGUCAUCUUGCACCAUCUGGGGAGGCUAUGGCUCUAAUUUUGAUGCAGGUGUUUUUCACUGUGGUGGGUGCAAGUGGAAACAUAUGGAGUGUCAUCAGAACAGCACCCAGUAUAUUCAUGUUUGCUCUGGUUCAGAUUUCCAUCCAUUUGGCAUUGAUUCUGGGACUAGGGAAGCUAUUUAAGUUCGACCUAAAGCUCUUGCUUAUAGCAUCAAAUGCCAAUGUUGGAGGUCCUACAACGGCAUCCGGAAUGGCUACGGCCAAAGGGUGGAGUUCUAUGAUUAUUCCUGGUAUUCUUGCUGGCAUUUUUGGCAUUGCCAUUGCUACUUUUGUCGGAUAUGGCUUUGGAGUAAAUGUGCUGAAAUACAUGUAAAACCUUCAAUUAACUAAUGCCGCAGAGUUGGGCUUGCUCAUGUAACCUAAGUAAACUUGAAAACAAUAAAAGCAGAUGAAGGGCAAUUUGGAACA